AUGACGAGCCCCAUGCACGCGCGGAAGGCCAAGCUCAAGACCCACCUCAUCUCCGCCAAGGUGAAGCUCAAGCACACCGUCACCCCGCGCCGCGUCGUCCUGCUCGCUGCCGCCGCCACCUCCGCUUUCCUCCUCCUCUUCACCCUCCGCACCCUCCACUCCGCCGCGUCGCGCGGCGCCAGAUCAAGCGCCGGCGCCGGCGCCGCCACCACCACCGCUGCCCCCACCGCUGCCUCCACGCCGCCCGCGGCCGUCGUCGCCCACCACGCUGAUGACCAGCAGGAGCAGCACCACCAAGAGUGCGCCAAGGUGCCGGCAUCCGUCGCGGAGGCGCUGGUCCAGUACGCGACGUCGAACGAGACGCCGCGCCAGACGGAGGCCGAGGCCCGCGCGGCCGCGCGCGUGCUUGCGCGGCGCGCGCCGUGCGGCCUCCUGGUGUUCGGGCUGGGACCCGACAGCGCGCUCUGGGCGGCGCUCAACCACGGCGGCCGCACGCUCUUCCUCGAGGCGGACGCCGACCGGAUCGCCUCCGCCCGCGCCGCGCACCCGGCCGGCAUCGACCUCCAGGCCCACCCCGUCGCCUUCCAACAAGAAGCCACCAUGACGACGCUGUCCGACGAAGACCUCCUGGCCCUCCGCAACUCCUCCGACUGCGCCGUUGCCUCCCCGACGAAACCUCUCGACCCGGACCACCUGACCUGGAGCAGUCGCCGCGCGGGCUGCCGGCAGCGUUCUACGAGGCGGAGUGGGACGUGA